AUGGAGGAAGCCGGAACUAAUUACGCUGUUUGGCGUGAAUUUACUAAUGUUAGUGAAAUCCUGAAUGUUCCGUUUGAGAAAUAUUUCACGGAACACUUGUUGAGCUUGGAAGAAAACCCUGAUCUUAUGUUGGUGGAAUCAUUAUUUCAAGAAUGUAAUGACAAUCAAUCAUUAAUUGAAGUUCUAUGCGAUUUGUCUAAUCCUAGAGUAGAUCAAUUGGAACAGAACUAUCUCAAGGAUAAACUUCAAGAACAUUUUAAUAAUUUGUAA